CCAUAUAUAUGUGGCUGCCGCAUUCAUAUUGAGAGUCGCGUCGUGUUUUGGUAGUGAAAAUCUACGUCAUAUUUUUCCGCAACAAUUGUUCCAUAUUUUGUGUAGUGAAAAGUGUCCACAGAACAUGCAGGAUGACCACCGACGUCCAGCUCUGUGAUAUCGAAUUGCUGCUGCGGCACUUCGUGAAAGCCAGCUACAUUGCGAAGGAGGAAAAUGAGUCGGACGAGUUCAAGCCGGUCCAGAAGUGCGCCGAUCUGAUGAAGUGCGACUACAAUGUGGUCGAGGUGUCGAAUAGAUUUGGCCAGCUGUGCACUCACUAUCCGAGUCGCCUCCUCAUCCCCGAGUCCGAGCUGGUGAACGACAACAGUGAGCAGAGCGCGCGCGGCAGUGCGCGCAAUCUGCACAAGAUGAGGGACAUGAUCCCGGGGGCGCGUUACGCCCGAUGCCGCUCCCGCUUUCCCGUGCCGGUGCUCCUGUUCAAGGGGAAGCUCAUCAGUCGCGCCGCCACAAUUUCCGGCGGUCCAGAGAUCUACGGGCGAUCGGGUCUGGACUAUAUCCUGUACGGUAUUCCGCCUGCAACUCCUGUCGAGGCUUACAGUGAUGAUGUUAAUGAAGCCAUACCGGCCGAUGCAGUGGUGCAGAAUAAUCCGGGAACUAAAUCGACGUCAGAAACAGAGCCAAGUGAUUGGGAAUUGUGCGAUCGCGUGCGACAUCAGGACAUAAAACUCCUCAAGUCUUUCGAUGUGGAAACAAUAAUUGAUUUUAUGGUGGAGAAGAAGAAAGUCAAAUUUGGCGUAAAUGUGACAUCGUCUGAGAAAGUGGACAAGGAGCGGAGAUACGAUGUCUUCAAGAUUCUCAGUCUUCCAUAUCCUGGAUGUGAAUUCUUUCGUGUGUUCAGAGACAAUAAUUUCAAUGGCGAAGGCCUCAUUUUCGACUGGAGUCAAAGUUACGUAGAUGCUAGCAUACAUGUUCCUGAAGAUCCAAUCAUUGCCAAUUUGCCUAUCGAAUGGGAUCAAUAUAAGCUCUGGGAUCUCGUCACCAUCACGCAGAACUACCUGAAGCUCGUGCUGAAGUACAUCCAGGACGGCAGCUCUGGGAUGCUGAUUCACUGCAUCAGCGGCUGGGAUCGGACGCCGCUGUUUGUCUCCCUGGUGCGCCUCUCCCUGUGGGCGGAUGGAUUGAUUCACAAGUCCCUGAAUCCGCUGCAGAUGCUGUACUUCACCAUUGCGUACGAUUGGUACUUGUUCGGGCACAAAUUGCCGGAUCGACUGAAGAAGGGCGAGGACAUUUUCUUCUUCUGCUUCUACUUCCUCAAGCACAUCGCACACAGUGACUUCAGUGUGCUGGAGGAGAGCAAGAGGAGCAAAUCGAGCAGCGGAAGUAUCUGUGUUCUGCUCGCCGAUGCCGAUCGACUGGACAAUAUGGAGACUGAGAGUCGUGGCUCAACUUUCUCACUGAACUCCAUCUCGAGUUGCAAGAGCAACGAGGAGAGCCUCAAUGGGAACAGUCAGAGCCAGUGGACCACUGUGAGCAUGGAUGGGAGUGUCGUGCAAAUGGGUUCAUCGCCCAGUUCGCCCAACAACUUAAAUUCCAGCCCUCGCGACAGUGCCUCUUCGCCUCCAUACAAAAGCCGCACGAGUCCCGUUUCUGUGCCUGUCAGCAAUCUGAUGCAGCGUCAGCACCAUGAAUCGUCUUCCUCCGCGUCCGUGGGCAGUUGGCAGAUGAUUUCCGGUACGGGGAGUGUGCGUUCCGUGGGCAGUGACUUCAGUGGUGUCAACAAUCCCAAUGCCAAUCAUCAGGACUUGAGUACUUCGUCAAAAGCCUACGGAUUACCACCGAUGAAUGACACCACGAAGAUGAGAGCCGCUAAAUUCGAGACAAUACGCAAAAUCUUCAAUACUUACUACUGCACAGAAGUGCCGCACUUCAAGAAUGGCCAGUACGGCAAGGGAAUGAUUGAAAAGGUCAUCGAUACGAUUUACUAGGCGCUCCAAUUGACUCUGAUUUCCCUCCUAAGAGAGGAUAUUUUAUCGUUACUUUGUGUCUGAGCGUCAAUUUAUGGAUCACUCAUGCGUUUCCCGUCGACUGAAGAGAGAGAGAGAGGCCAAAAAGCAGCGAGAAAGUGUGCAAAAGUUACUUUAUUUGCCCGGUUUUUAUUUUAACACGGAUGAUUAGACUCUUUGGCAUUGAAAAACUCACGAAGAGACACUGUUGAUUGAAUUGUUCAUUGUGUUCAUUGUUUUAUCGCUGAAAAAUUAGUGUCUUUAAGAAGGGCCGAAAAAGGGUAAAUCUAGUCGAGGAUGAGAGUGGAAAGAGUCGAGAAACACACUAAGUUUUAAGGAUAUUUCGUGAAAAAAAGGGUGUUCUUAUUUCAUUUUAUACAUUAAUUAACUUCAAUUUCUACACCAACAAAGUGUUCUCUAGAUUUUAAGCAAAAAAAAAAGCCUUUCUUUUAUAGAAGGCAAACAAUGUAGAACAAAUAUUGAACUAGAGACAAGUCAGAGCUCCUCGAGAGAUUUGAGAGACUUGAGAAGAUUGUUGUUUCUCGGAUAUUAAAUACAAGAUUCUAUAUUA